AUGAGUUCUAAUAUAUAUAAUAUAAAGGAACUAAACAAAGACACAAUUUUAUUAAAAACGAGAAAGUUAAAACAGUUAUGUGAAAAUGCAGAAAAUAUAAAUAGCCAACAUGUAAAUUGUUUAAUUGAAAUAUUAAAUUACUUUUUCGAAAAAUAUGAUGACUGUUUUUCAUCAUCAGUAGUAUGGGAAGUCGUCGAUAAAAUUAUUAUAUUAGAAAAUACAAUUGAAGAAAGGAAAAAGAUCAAUGUGGAUUUAGACACAUCCAUAAAAUUCUGUAAAUAUAUUUUUAGUAAAUUAAUAUUGUAUACAAAUUAUCAAAAUGAUAACUUGACAACAUUCUUUAGUUUUAAUUGUCUAAGAAGACAUUUGUGUUCUUUAAUUAGUUCAUUUUUAAAUUUUAACAAUUCUAGCAUGAGAAAAAAAAUUGAAUCAUCUUUCACAAAUGAAUUAAUAAGCCUAACCAAGAAACUAUUUGAAACCAUCAAAAUGGAAAAUGAUAUAGAAUUGAAAGUAUCAUAUACAGAAUUUUUGUGGAGAUCUUUUAGAAGAAUAGAUAUUAGCACCUUCAAUUUAAAGAAUUUUGGUAUCGGUUUAGAAUCUGUUGAAAAAUUAAGAAACUUUAAAAUUAAUAAAUUUGAUGAAGAAUGUAUAAAUUGGUUGAAGGAGGAAUGCUACAUGGACAACAAAAUUGUCAUGGAAAAUGGUAACUUUGUUAUAAAUACAAGCAAGAAAUCAGUUACAAAAAAUUUUCUACUUUGUUAUGUCGGGAUGUGUUCCAUAUUCUUGUAUUAUGAUAAUGAAGAGGAAAAUGAAAAGUGUAAAAUAGAAAUUCCUUACUAUCAUAUAACAUCUAUAAAUAUCAAAAAUAAAAAUCUUUUAGAAUUAGAAUGUAAAGCUAUAGUUGAUCAAACAAAUAUAUUUUAUCUAUGGGGAGAAGAUAUUAAAACUUCCAUUGAUCAUGAGAUAAUUAGCAAAUUUAAAUUGUCUAUGGAUAUAAAAAGGGGCUCAAAAGAAAUAAAAAAUUUGAUGAAUAAACUUAUGGACACUUUAAACAUAAAAUUGAAGAACGAAAAAAAGAAGCGUGAACAAAUUAUUCUCAAAUCAAUUAAAUAUAAUAAAAAAUACAAUGAGGAUCAAAAUCAUGGAACAGUUGAUGAAGAGGACAAAUCGUUCGAUAAAAUUAAUGAGCCCUUACAUUAUUUCAAUGAUAUUUCGCUUGAAAGGAAUAUAAGCGAAAAAAAUAUAAAAAACAAGUCAAGAAAAAGAACAGAUACUCUAAAGCAGGAAGACGAAAAAAAGAGAAAAAAUAUAUGUAAUGAGGAAGUAGUAAAAUAUAAUAAAUCCCUAGAAGACAUAAAUUAUAUAAACGAAUAUUCUAAUAAAAAGGAUACUAAAAAAUUUAUAGAAGAUGAUAAAUUUAGAAUGAUAAAAAUAAAAAAUCAAAUAUGCGCAGAAAAGGACAGCGAUACGGAAAUGAUAAUUGAAAAAAUAAUUUCUUGCCACAAAGAAAAAAAAGAAAAGUUUAAGAUAAAUUUGAAGAAGAACUUUUCUGACUCCCUCAACGAAAUAGACAAUAUGAUAAAAAGCUUGAUAGAGAAGCAGAAAAUUCGAAGGGAAGAAUUAAAUAAAAAAUAUGCAAAAAAAAAAAAAAGCAUAAUUUUCAACACAGAGAAAGAAAUAAACUUAUUAUGCAAAGAAAUGAACAUACUCAUUGAAAGUAUGAGAAAAAUUAAUGUUAAUAAAAGUGACGUAAAGAAAAUAUAUGAUGAAGGAAAGUCAAUAUUUUCGACGAAUGAAAUAUUAAAUAAAAGUCAAAUUUUUAUGAAGAAAAUAAAAGACAACUUAGAAAGAAUGAAUACAGAUAUUGUAGGAAAGGAAAAAGAAUACAAUAAAAGGAAAAAAUUAUGUUUCAAAGCUUUAGCAACUGCUUAUGAAUAA